GACCUCUUAUUUUGAUUCAUUUUCAAUAGAGCAGCCUCAACUUUCAGAAGAUGAACUAGUGGAUGAUGUACCAGUGAGGGGAACUCGAUCCUUAAAAGAUGUUUAUAAGCUGUGUGACUUGGUCAGCUCUGAACCAACAAGCUAUGCUGAAGCACAAGACUCUCAGGCAUGGAGGAGAGCUAUGCAAGAAGAACUAGACAUGAUCGAGAAGAAUGGAACCUGGCAGCUUGUUGACAGACCUAGAAAUCGCAAGGUAAUUGGUGUAAAAUGGAUUUUCAAGACAAAACUCAAUCCUAAUGGAACAAUUUGCAAACAUAAGGCUAGAUUGGUGGUGAAGGGAUACGCACAACAAUAUGGUGUGGAUUACUAGGAAACAUUUGCUCUUGUAGCAAGAUCUAUGUAGAGCAACCUGAUGGUUUCUCAACUCCUGGAAAAGAGGAUCAAGUUUAUCUCUUAACAAAGGCCUUGUAUGGCCUAAAACAAGCCCCAAGGGCAUGGUAUGAGAGGAUGGACAAUCAUCUCAUCCAACUUGGCUUUAGUAGAAGUCAAAGUGAAGCUACUUUGUAUGUGAAAGUCAAUGCUGCAGGUGAGUCCUUAAUUGUCUCAAUUUAUGUGGAUGACAUGCUUGUGAUAGGAAGCAAAAUUGAACUAAUCCAAAGGUUCAAGGAUGAAAUGGAGAAAAUCUUUGAAAUGACUGAUCUUGGAGUCAUGAAGUACUUUCUCGGCAUGGAAGUGUUGCAGUCCAGUGAUGGAAUUUUCAUAUGCCAGCAGAAAUACAUUUCGGAUAUUCUAAACAGGUUCAAAAUGCAAGACUGCAAACCUAUGAGUACUCCAAUAUCUACUGGUGUGAAGCUUGGCAAGGAUGAGGAUUCCGAAAAAGUGGAUGAUAGUAUGUAUAGAAGCUUAAUUGGCAGUCUUCUAUAUCUAACCGCAAGCAGGCCUGACAUUCUAUUCGUUGUUAGUUUGCUCUCUAGGUUCAUGCAUUCGCCUAGAGACACACACCUGACAGCUGCUAAAAGAGUGUUAAGGUAUAUUAAAGGAACUAGCAAGUUUGAAAUUUUUUACCCAACAUCUGCCAAAGUAACUAUGAACCUGAUCGGGUACUCUGAUAGUGAUUGGGGUGGUGGAGUUGAUGAUUCCAGAAGCACAUCUGGAUAUCUUUUCUGUUUGGGGACAAGUUGUUUUAGUUGGAGCUCUAGGAAACAAGAAACUACAACUCAAUCAACAGCAGAAGCUGAGUACAUAGCUGCUGCAUCUGUUGUGAAUCAAGUUAUCUGGCUAAGGAAGAUGAUGAAGGACUUAGGCCAUGAACAAACAGAAGCUACCAAGAUCAUGUGUGACAACAGUUCAGCGGUUUCAAUCUCAAAAAAUCCAGUGUUUCAUGGUCGAACUAAACAUAUCAAGAUCAGGUUUCAUUUUAUUAGAGAAGUCCAACAAUCUAAUGAAGUGUUGAUUGUUCAUUGUUCAUCUGAGAACCAGCUAGCUGACAUUUUCACCAAGUCAUUGCCAAAGGAAAGGUUUGAAGAUCUGAGGCAAAGAAUUGGUGUUUGCCACAAAAAUGCCAAGGAGGAGUGUUAGACAAUUGGCAUUUUUUCAGCUUAUUAUUAUUUUUACUGUUUUUUACUUAUUUCAAUUUAGUGCUUCCUAUUUUCUAGCUAG